AUGAGUGCUACUUCGGGAUGCGCACUUGAGUUACAUUGCUCUCCAGCAACCCAUAUCUACGAGCACUGCGACUUUCUUCCUCGAUACAUGAUGUUAAGCUGUAAUACGUGGGGCAUCCGAUCCCUACUUCACGCUACAUUCUUCAACCCAGACAUCGAGUGUAACUUGGUCGCGGCCUGGAUGAGUGCUGUAUUCGCCGUUAUAGGUCCAGCGACACAGGAAAGGAACGUAGUAAAAUGUCUCAAGAUUCUUGCAAGGCGACUACCGAAGUUAGCACCAUUGUGGCUCGGAGCUAUGCUCCUGGAUGAGUUUAAGGCUUUAAAGCCUAUAAAAGCUGGAUGUGUAGCUGUGGAGCUUCACGCCGCGGCAUCGACGGACACGAUAGAGUCAUUCAUUACACAGAGCCCAGGGAUAAGUGAUGGCAGAGUAAUCAGACGCGAGGAUGAAUGCCGACUACUUCAUAUCAUCGGCUGUGGUUUCCAUGGUAGACUUCCUGUGUGGCCAUGGAAGCCUUUCGGGGCAAAUUUGCUUAAAAAUGCCGAGCUUGAAGUUCAAAAACAUGUCCAGUGCAAUUGCCAUUGUCUGGAGUACUGGGCAUGGUACUGGGAGCUCGUAGACGGCAAAGAGUUGGAAGCCCGUGGGGCUGACGCCCACCAGCCAGGUGACAACAGCACGCAGAUUGAUCCGGUGCCCAAGAGAACUCCAAGUCAGUGGUCCAUUGAUUGCUUGUCAGAUGACUUGUCAGCUGGUACAACACGAGGAAUAUUUGGAUGGUUAAGAUCAACUGGGUAUCCAGCAAAUGAAAGGCAUGUAUACAAGCAUCCUUGGUUUGAUGUUGGAGACUCUGAUGAGGAUGAGAUGUCGGACGAUCGGGAGGAUGGCGGUGAAGUCAACGAGGCAGACAGACGUAAGGCAGUGGAGAAUUGGCUUGAGAGGAGCGUAUGA